AUGAUGGAGGUCGCAGGUCCCUGGACCGAAGUGUUCGAGGCCUCGGACAGGAAGGAGGCGUCCGGAGGCUCCACUCUGACUCUGGCUCCUCUGGUGGGCGACUCGCCGUCCAUCCGCCGCUCCCAGCCCAUCCUCAUCGCCUCAAACAGGUCGAAAGGCGUCACGUCGCUGUCCUCCUCCGUUCCCGCCAUCCCAAACCCCUUUCCGGAGCUGUGCAGCCCUUCCAAGUCUCCGGUGCUCAUUAGUUCGCUGCCGCCGCAGUCGACCGACAAACACCUGGUCAAGGUGUUCGGAGAGGACAGCCACAGCCGCUCGGUCUGGGUUUCUCGUGGAGCUACAGCCAGAGAAGUUUGUCAGCUGUUGGUCCAGACGGCUCACUGCAGCGACCAGGAGAACUGGGCUCUGCUGGAGCUGCAUCCCUCGCUGGGUUUAGAGAGAUGCCUGGAGGACCACGAGGUUGUGCUGGAGGUUCAGGCCACCUGGUCUCUGAAAGGCGACACGAGGCUCAUGUUCUGCAAAAACUACGCCAAGUACGAGUUCUUCAGGAAGCCGAUGCUCUUCUUCCCAGAGAACAUGAUCUCCGACAGCGCUGACGUCAGCAAGGGGAUGACGUCGUCGGAGCUCAUCCAGAACCUGCUGCGGUCCGGGACGUGUCCAGAGAUCCAGGGCUUCCUCCACGUCAAAGAAUCGAGUCGUAAAGCCUGGAAGAAGGUCUACUUCUUCCUGCGACGCUCCGGACUCUACAGCUCCACCAAGGGCUCGUCCAAGGAGCCUCGUCACCUGCAGUACGUGGCCGAUCUGGACGACCUGAACGUCUACACGGUGGUGAACAGCCGUAAGCUGUACGGAGCUCCGGCAGACUUCACCUUCUGCAUCAAGCCUUCCAGGAAUCCCAUCCGUGUCCAGGACCUGAAGAUUCUGUGCGCCGAGAACGAACAGACGCGAACCUGCUGGACGUCUGCUUUCAGAUUGUUCAAGUAUGGGAAGCAGCUCCAGUGUAACUACCAGUUGUCCAAGUCGGCUCCUCGAAGCCUGGAAGGAUCAAACCUCGCAGAUGGCAAAUGUAAGUCGGAGGCCAGCCUGGUGGCCAUGGACUUCUCAGGGAAGGCUGGAGGACGGGUCAUCCAGAACCCAACGGAGGCCCGGAGUGCAGAGAUGGAGGAGGGGCAAGCCUGGAGGAGGAGAGAAGCUCUGCGGUGCAGUUUGCCCAACCUGAACUCUGCAGCCAGACCUUCCUCCAUCCACAAGACGCUGCCGUGGUUUCAUGGCGGCGUGUCGAGAAAAGAAGCUCAGAGGCUGAUCGAGAAGCAGGGCCUGGUGGACGGGAUGUUUCUGAUUCGGGAGAGUCAGCAGCACUCGCAGUGCUUCGUCCUGUCGCUGUGCUACAAGCUGAAGACCAAACACUACCUGGUGAUUCCUUUCGAGGAAGGAGGCAGGAAGUACUUCACGAUGGACGACGGCGUCACGCUGUUCAUCGACCUGCUGCAGCUGGUGGAGUUCCACCAGAUCAACAAGGGAAUCCUGCCCGUCUGCCUCAAGCAUCCCUGCGUCUGCGUGGCGCUCUGA